CAUAAAUGCUUAACUGAGUGAGGUGUGCCCUUCCACAAUGGAAGUGGUGCUUAUAUCCAACUCAUUAAAUUAUUCAGCAAAUAAAUGAUACUGCUUGAAGAACAAGAUUUUUUUUUUCAGUCAGGGAAGGACAAGUCCAACCCUGUCCCUUCUCUCUCAGUAACUGAACAUUAGGCAGAAUAUGAAAAUAACUCAAGAAGCAAUGACUAGAAGCCGGGAAUCCUAUCAAGCUCUUUAACUAGCACCUCGGAGCUCUUUUGAAUUGCUUUCUGCCAGCUCAGCUCAACCCAGAAUAACCAAGGGGCAGCUGAGAUCCCAGGCCAGACGUUUGAAACUAGACUCAAGCCUACAGUAAGUCUACAUGGUCCUAAAAUGUGAUGAAACCACUCGCUUGUCUAUUCACUGUGCUUAUAGAUUUUCCCACUGAGGUUUGUUCUGUUUUAGCCAACACUGUCUAGAGCUAAGCACCACAGUGUUUAUGAUUAUUUGGCUCUGUAUUAAGCCCGUGCGUUGGAGGUAGAGCCACACACCAAUAAUACACAGCCGAACUUUUCAAAGGGGCCCCCAGAAGACACAUCGACCUCUCAUUUUUAAUUACUCCUUUCAUCCUCUGCCUCCCCCGCAAGAGCCAUCCGUCGAACCCCUGUCCUUCAACCAUCGAUCCCGCCGACUGAUGUCGUCGUCGUGUCCCACCCCCCACCCCCCACCCCCCCGGGCCGGGCAGGGCGCGCAUCCUCCGCUCCUGCGGAGGGGAAAAAGUGUCGGGGGAAGGCUGCCGGGCGGCUGGGGCCGGCUCGGAGCCCCAGCCCGGUCCCGCAUUGGCUCCCGAAGUUUCCGCGUCAUUUUCUCCCCACACCCAGCUCGGCACCGGCGAUCGCAAGUCUCAAUGGAGGGGCGGGAGAGAGCGCUGGAGCGCUGAGAGGGUUCAGCCAGCCCCCGGACUACCGCCAGGGAUGUCCGGGACGCAGCCCGAGGAUGCUUCCCCUCCGCGCAGGAACUGGACAUCCUCCCCAGAGCUGAACGAGACCCGGGAGCCUUUUUUAAGCCCGUCCGCCGAUUACGACGACGAGGAGUUCCUGCGCUACCUCUGGAAGGAGUAUUUGCACCCCAAGGAGUACGAAUGGGCGCUGAUCGCCGGCUACAUCGUCGUCUUCAUCGUGGCGCUCGUCGGGAACGUCCUGGUUUGCAUUGCAGUGUGGAAGAAUCAUCACAUGCGGACAGUCACCAACUAUUUCAUAGUGAAUCUAUCUCUGGCUGACAUUCUGGUCACAAUUACUUGUCUUCCAGCAACUUUAGUAGUGGACAUCACAGAAACUUGGUUCUUUGGGCAGCCCCUCUGCAAAGUGAUUCCAUACUUACAGACAGUUUCAGUCUCUGUGUCUGUACUAACACUUAGCUGCAUUGCUUUGGAUCGAUGGUAUGCAAUUUGUCACCCUUUGAUGUUCAAAAGCACAGCCAAGAGAGCAAGGAACAGCAUUAUAAUUAUCUGGAUUGUGUCCUGCAUCAUAAUGAUUCCUCAGGCUAUUGUUAUGGAGUGCAGCAGUGUGUUCCCAGGAUUAGCCAAUAAAACCACCUUGUUCACAGUGUGUGAUGAGCACUGGGGAGCUGAGGUUUACCCCAAAAUGUACCACACAUGCUUUUUCCUGGUGACAUACAUGGCACCACUGUGUCUUAUGGUGUUGGCUUAUUUACAAAUAUUUCGAAAGUUGUGGUGUCGCCAGAUCCCAGGAACUUCUUCAGUAGUUCAGAAAAAAUGGAAGUCUCUGCAGCCCUCAACACAGCAACGAGGGCUGGGACAGUCGACAAAGUCAAAGAUCAGUGCUGUGGCAGCUGAAAUAAAACAGAUUCGUGCAAGAAGGAAAACAGCACGUAUGUUAAUGGUUGUCCUCCUGGUUUUUGCACUUUGCUAUCUACCAAUUAGCAUCCUGAAUGUCUUGAAAAGGGUUUUUGGGAUGUUUAAUCAUGCUGAUGACAGAGAAACUGUAUAUGCCUGGUUCACAUUCUCACACUGGCUUGUAUAUGCAAACAGUGCAGCCAAUCCUAUUAUUUAUAACUUCCUUAGUGGGAAGUUUAGAGAAGAAUUUAAAGCAGCAUUUUCUUGUUGCAUCUUUGGCAUUCACAGUCACCAUGAUGAACGGCUUACCAGAGGUCGUGCCAGUACAGAGAGUCGAAAAUCCUUGACCACCCAGAUCAGCAAUUUUGAUAAUAUUUCAAAACUUUCAGAACAUGUUGUAUUGACCAACAUAAACACCAUUCCAGCAAACGGUACUGCACCUAUUACCCACUUGUAUCACAGCUACACUCAGCCCAUUGAAGUCAGUGGAACUGCAUCUCCACAUACCAGGGAUGAACAUGACUUCAAAUUUAGACGAAGCAGUGAGAGUUUCUGCAGAAUGCACUGGCAACACAGAGAAUGCAGAGUGGGAUAAAUUUGUCCCUAGCAUAACUAAAUUUACCUCGAUGGAGUUACAGCAAGGAUGACUUUGGGUCAAUACAUGUAACGGAGAAUGCCACAGUUUUUUUAGCUGUGUUACAGACUAGAACAACUGGACAAAGGGAUUCCUGCAAAACGACUGCCUCUUCUAUUUCUUCUCAGUCUUAUGGAAACCUACUUACCUCAGUAUGAGCUAAAAGAACAUGUCUUUAGAAGUCUUUUUAAAGAUUGGAUUGUAUCAAACUUUGUAAAUACUGUAGAUAUUUAUUUUUAUAUAUUUUAGAUGCUGUGGAAUGUUCCAAAAUGUAUCAUAUAAAGAACUCUAAGUAUUUGAAAGAAGUCUCAAACAUCAUUUAUUUAUAUUCUCUUUCUAUUAAUGAAUUACUUAUUUACAAGGAAUGCUUACUUAUGCACUGGUGGUGUUCUGGAAUUACUUUGUACUUCUAGUACUCUGCUUGUAGUAAAUUCUAUGUUCAUUAAUGAAUUUUCACUUUAGAUUGUUUUUGGGAGAUUCCAGGGUGCUUUUCUAAGCACAGACAUGCUUCUAAGAUGUGAACACAAAGUGCAGUAAGUCA